GUAGAGUCUAUAUAUGUUGAGAGCGGAAUUUGGGUCCCUUACACUUCUAGUCAUUCUCUUACGGCCCGUCCGCCGUUUAGUUCAUUUUCCGGCGAAACAAGGAUUAUAAAGUCCAUUGGAGCUUCCGUUCAGGUAGUUGCUGUGGAAAUGAUAUAGUCAAGGAGUUGAAGAGCAAACAAUUAGUACAGAGGAUGUGUUCAAGACCCUUGAAAAGAUAGAACUUUUCCAAGUUCAUUGAGAAUCUCAAAGCUUGAAGUUAUUUCUCCUUUAAAGAAGCUGAUGCGGAGUUAGGGUUGAGUUGUAUGUCUUUUUCUCUGCACAAAUUGGGGAAAUGGCUCGAAGGUUUUCUCGUCUUUGUACGGUUGCCUGCAUGUGUAGAUCAAUUACUGGAGUCAAAUUACAACCACCAAUCUUACCCAUCACAUUCCAGUCUCAUCCACACACUGUACCCCGUGGUUAUCUUUAUCCUAUGCUCCAACUACAAGUGUUGAGAUCAUAUGCACGUAACAGACGUUCCAACUAUGAUCUAUUUGGUGGUGGUAUACCUAAACCAGAUGAGUUUAAGAAAGCAUGGGCAAAACAAAUGGAUGAUGAAGAGAGCCGUCUAUGGACAGCAAGUGAAGAUGAAAGUGACUCCGAUAAAGGUGAUAGUCAUAGCCGUCUCAGAAAAGAGAUUAGGAAAGCCAAACAACGAGCAAAAGCGCAAGAUGGUCCUAUUGAUGCAGAUGAUAGUGACGAACUGAGAAGUAUGUGGUCUGAUAGUGAUGAUGAGAAGACAUUAUGGACUGGUAGUGAAGGAGAUGAUGAUGAUGAUAUUCCGACUGAACCAUACCCAAACAAAAAGAGUGAUAGUUACAUUGAUAAACUGUUUGAGUUUGAGGAAAAACCUAAAUAUAGAACACUCUCUGAAGCCUUGAAAUCUGAGCAGGAACCUGAAGAGUUAUCUCCGGGAAAGCAAGCUAGAAAAAUUGCAGUGGAAAAUGCCCUUAAGAAAUUGAAAAAGGGACCUGAUGGGCGUUACAUCAAUGUUUGGGAGGUUAUGAGUGAUUUGGACAUUCUGAUUGGUGCUUUUGAGAACAUCAUUUCGGGACCAGAAUAUGCUGAACUGAGACAGGGAGGACCUAAGAAAUUGAAUAUGCAGUUCUUCAAAGACAUACAAGCUCGUAUGAGAGAUCCAAACUUUGAGUUCUCUCCUGAAAUAAAACUGAAACCAAAGAGCAAAUUGGUACGUAGAAAGAAAUGGCAGAAAACAGAAUCUAGGCGUAGGAAAGCACGGAAGCGAUAGCUUCAUGGCGACACCUUUCUUUUUUGCAUUUAAACACUGUACCAAUAGAUUUAUUUCUUAGUGGCUGAUUCCAAGUUUCUUUAACUAUUGGAUGAGAGAUAAUUCAUUUCAAGAAGAAGAUGUGGCAGCUGUUGAUGAAAUUGCUUACUGCUUUCCCUAAAUUAUUCAUGAUUGUUUUAGGUA